AUGGAUCAUAGUUAUUCAGAGGAAAGUGAUUCAAUGGUUGAUUUGGAAAGUGGUGAGAAAACAAUCCAAGAAGAUGGAAUUGAAGGUUUGGAUGUGGUUGGGAGGGAUAUUGAUGGGUUGGGUUCGAGCGACAAUGUUUUACAGUCUGGUGAGGUGGAGAUGAAAAUGGCAAAAGAGAAAAGGAGAAAUAGGAGCUCUAAGAAGCCUCCCAAACCACCUCGUCCUCCUAAUAGUCCAUCAUUGGAUGUAGCAGAUAUGAAGUUGGUCAGAGAAAUUUCUGAGCUUGCAAGAUUGAGGCGUGCAAGGAUUGAAAGAUGGAAAUAA